GUUGCCUUUACCGGAAGUCAGUCGUCAUGUUUGUAUCGUGUAGUUAGCCCUGCUGGUGUGUAGCUCCAUAUUAGCCCGUGUAAAUGCUGCAGUUCUCACCCAGGCUGUCCUCCUCUCUCUGGCACCAUGAACAGGACUCAGCUGAAGCGGUCCAGUAUCUUAAGGAUGGCGCUGUCCGGCUCGGACACGAUGGACCAGGACGGACCUGGAGAGACGUUCAUACUGCGGGCUGUGAAGAUAGCAGCAGUGGUCGCUCUGUACUGGUUCGUGUCCAUAACUAUGGUGUUCCUUAAUAACUACCUGCUGGACAACCGAGAGCUGGACGCGCCGCUGUUCGUCACCUUCUACCAGUGUGUGGUGACGGUGGGGCUGUGCUGGCUCAUGCAGCUGCUGGCCUCACUGUGCCCCGGAGUCAUCGACUUCCCCUCGGUCAAAUUCGACCUGAAGACGUCCCGGGAGGUCCUUCCUCUGUCCGUUGUCUUCAUCAGCAUGAUCACCUUCAACAACCUGUGCCUGAAACAUGUCGGGGUGGCUUUCUACACGGUGGGCCGCUCCCUCAGCACAGUUUUUAAUGUGCUGCUGUCCUAUGUCAUCCUGAAACAGACCACAUCACUCCAAGCCAUACUGUGCUGUGGGAUCAUACUGGGUGGAUUCUGGCUUGGUGUGGACCAGGAAGGCAUCGCAGGCUCCCUCUCCUGGACAGGCGUCUUUUUUGGGGUGAUAGCCAGCGCUUGUGUCUCUCUGAACGCCAUCUACACCAAGAAGGUGAUGCCAGCAGUGGACGGAAACAUUUGGAAACUGUCCUACUACAACAACAUUAACGCCUCCAUCCUCUUCCUCCCGCUCAUCCUUGUGUUUGGAGAGUGUGGCCGUGUCGUCAGCUUCAGCCGCCUCACUGACCUUGGCUUCUGGGGCAUGAUGACACUCGGAGGAGUGUUUGGUUUCGCCAUUGGCUAUGUCACAGGCCUCCAGAUCAAGUUUACAAGUCCACUCACGCACAAUGUCUCAGGGACCGCAAAGGCCUGCGCUCAGACUGUUAUUGCAGUGGUGUACAACAGCUCCAGUAAAAGCCUGCUGUGGUGGACCAGUAACAUGAUGGUUCUCGGUGGCUCGUCAGCCUACACAUGGGUCAAAAGUGUAGAAAUGAAGAAGGCUCCUCGCAGAGACCUUGAGGACUCAGCCAGGGAAAAACUGCUGAUGGGGGAGAAAGGCAACACGGGAGUGUAAACUAGGCUGAGAAAGCUUCAGCUUUUACCUAUGUGGUGUGAGAAUGUGAAAUAAUGUAACAUUUAAGGCCUUUGCACAUCAAGUCUGUACUUUUUAAAUGCAUUUUUUUAAAACCUAUAAUCAGUCAAUCAUUCAUUUAUCGUAAUCGCUUAUCGUGUUAAGGGUCGCAGGGGGGCUGGAGCCUAUCCCAGCUGACAUUGGGUGAGAGGCAGGGUUCACCCUGGUCAGGUCACCAGACUAUCACAGGGCUGACACAUAGAGACAGACAACCAUUCACACUCACAUUCACACCUACAGACAAUUUAGAGUCACCAAUUAACCUGCAUGUCUUUGGACUGUAGGAGGAAGCUGGAGCACCUGGAGGAAACCCACGCUGACACAGGGAGUUCAUACAGACUGCACUGAAGGGCACUCCCAUCCUGGGGUUCGAACCCUCCACCUCGGUUGCGAAAAUUUGCAAUAUGAGACAACACUUGAAGGACCUGAGCUGUCCUCCCGCUGUGUCUCCACACUGCUACUUCGUCGUUUUCUGUGUGCGCUCCUCAUCUUCUAUUACAUCCUCUUCUUUGUCGUCAUCAUCAUCCACCUAUAUAUUACAUUGUGUUGAAAUGUCAUAACUCUGAAGCUUUCGACAGAUGCAAACAAACGCAAAAAAAAAGGAACCUACUCUGAAACCUUAAAUAACGAAUGAAAGUUUCAGUGUCAGCGUUUAAACUUCAUUGACACAAUGUGAGGUCAUAUUUAUCUUUACUCGCUGUUUCCACAUAGCUCUGUGCACAAACACAAGUUAACCAGGAGUCUGUUAAUUCCUUCGUGAACCUCCGACAUCUCCGACGUGUUUCAGAAACUUUUCCUGUUUUAUUUAUGCUGAAAAAUGUAACUUUUGCGGCAAAUUUCAAACAGACUGUCUGCAUUGUGCCGCAGCAGGUCAGCAUAAAGAACAAAUUAGCAAAUGUACUGACUGUAAUACAGCCCAAUUAAUGCACAAAACAGACUUGGUGUGCAAAGGUCUUUAGAACAUGAUCAAUCAGUGAUUGAAGUUAUACACACGUUGAAUCAGUGAUUUUUUAUUUUUUGUUGAAUUUAAUAAUCUUGUGGUUUUAUACAGUUUGACUUGAGGCCUGAAGGAAUUUGUAUAUAUUUUAUUUAAAACCGCUCGCGUGCAUUUGGGACCUUUUUCCACUUAUUAUGAAAUGGAAAUCAUGUUUUUAUUCACGGGUGGGGGGGUAUUUUUACUCAGACUGAGAGGACUGGUGUCAUAGUGAAAUAGAGACUUUUUUAUUCCCAUUGUUUUAAUCAUAAUCUGAAGAAUAUUUAUUAGCGGGUAUGUGAAACAUGCGAGUGCAUGUCACUAUUGAGGUUUGUAGGGAAGCCUCUGGUUAUGAUCAUGUCGGCUUCCUCAAGUAUGAACAAAAGCAAGACAGAAGGAUUUGUCACAUCCUGCAGUUAGGUAACGUACAGGUAACCUAAGCUAGGUAAUCAGAAACCUUGUGUCAGUGCGACUGAUAUAAUGGGCCUUUUAUCUCCAAAGAAAACACUCCGUCGGCAACUGCUGCAGUCAUACACUUGCACAUUGUUUGCUAGGGCACAGGAUGUUUCAUAACUGGACACAUUUUAAAUAGUAAACCCAGCCGAUGGCAUAAGGUCGUUGAAAUGUAUGUUAUCAUUUCAAAACAAAUGCAGACAGACUGAAAGAGAGCCCUGUUAGCAAACCUACUCACAGGUCUCUCACCUCUCGUGUGUCGUUCGUACACUUACCUGUGACAUUAUCUUAAAUGUCACAGCGGUGAACAACUGCACCGCAGCUGAGGCUUUGUUUGCGCUUGUUAUUCACUCUUUACUUAAAGUGUGACACACCAGGUUCCUCUCUACAUAGCCUGAAAAUGCUUUCAAAAUCAGCUUUUUAAAAUGUCUUUAAAUGACUGUAACACAAUAGAAACAAAGCCAGGGAGCUUAUUUCAAAGAAAACAUUAAAGAUGGUGUACAAUUCAACUGUUUUCAAUGUUUUUAUUAAAAGGGAACUUUGUGGCUUUACUGUUAAACGAUGACAUUAAAUUUAUUCAUGUUUUGUAUUUAUAAAGGAUGAUCGUUUGGCAUUCUUGUCAAAUAAAAUAUAUAUAGUUUAUUUAAACAUU